AUGAAGUUUGGUCGUAACUUACCCCAGUUCAUGGUCCCUGAGUGGAGUACCUCCUACAUCAAGUACAAAUCCUUGAAGCAGCUCAUCAAGGCUGCCGCUGACCAAAAGAAAGCGGGCCAAGAGGCGGAUCUGGCCGGUUUCUUCUAUUCUCUUGACCGAAAUGUCGAGGAUGUCGACUAUUUCUAUAACAAGAAAUAUUCCGAAUACGCCCGCCGUCUAAAGCUCCUCGAGGAUCGCUAUGGAUAUUCCAUGGAGGGUAAACACACAUUGGAGGCUGAGGAGCGCCAUGACCUGCGAGAGGCUUUGCUAGACCUUCGCUAUCACUUGCGCCGCUUACAAUGGUACGGCGAAGUCAAUCGCCGUGGUUUCGGGAAGAUAACCAAGAAGCUGGACAAGAAGGUUGGAUCCCGAGCGCAGAAGAUAUAUUUGGAGACUAAGGUCGACCCCGCCCAAUUCGCCUCCAAUACCCACGCUAUCAAGUCUCAGGAGCGUAUCAAUGCCUGGAUGGCCAUUCUCAAUGAGCAGUCCAAGGGGGAUGAGAAAUUUGACGAUGCUAGCUCGACCCACUCAUCUCUUUCUCUGAAGCGUGGUAACGCGCGCCCUUAUUUGAACCUGCCGAAAAGCAUUCUUACUGCUGUAGAUGACGCCUUGAGAAAUGAUGACACGCCUGUUUUGCUGGAAUUGCUCGAAACUAUGAAGACUACCGCGGACGAGGCCGGUGAUGCAGUUUUCCCCAGAGUCGUCAAGACUCUCAUACAGCGAGCCAUUUUCCAUGGCGCACGGGCUUGCUUGACGGCUCUGUUAAGCCGUGUGGACUCCCUGGAGGAGGACGAUGACAUCAACCGACGGAACUGCCUACACCGUCUGGUCAUUUCAAUUGGCCGUGAGCAGCCUGUCAACGAUUCCGAUGCUUCCGCAUCCUUGGUGCUGGACUUCCCGCCAGAGACCACUCGCUAUAUCACACCCGCGGCACCGCCAACUCUGCAGCCACCACGUUCUGUGAUCAAGGAGCAGCAAAGGCCUAAGCAACUUAGUCGUGAUGAUUCGGCUGUUGUUCUUUUGCAGCAACUACUAGAUGAACUGCGUCCGAACCAGCGGGAAGCCCUCAUGGCGAAAGAUAUCUCUGGCCGUACUCCGUUGCACUAUGCGGCACAGUAUGGAUUCAAGGUAGUCUGUGAUAUCAUCAUUGAGCACUUGAAAGAAUGGGGCAUGUUUGAUAUCAGCAAUGGUAUUGACGGCCCCUUGUGGCAGGACAACGAUGGCUGGGCACCUCUUCACCUGAGUGUGGUUGGUGGUCAUCCCAAGACUACUCGGUGCCUGUUGAAUGCCGAGAACCACCAGGGUUCUCUCAGUGCGAAGAAGAAGAUCCGGAAGCAGGUGUCCAGGUCCAGUGCAGUUCUUGCCUUAGCUACCAAGGCCAACUUUGUGGAUAUCGUUCAGCUGCUCGUCGACGCUGGCGUCGACAUCAAUUACCAAGAUGAACAAGGUGAAACUGCCUUGCAUGUCGCAGCCCGUACUGGACACGACGAGUGUGCUCGAAUCCUCCUAGAGGGCACCGAAGAUCAAAAGGCAAACACCGAGCUUACAGAGAACACCUAUGCUUGGACUCCUCUCUUCAUCGCAUGCGUUGACGGCAACUUGAGCGUGGCCAAGCUGUUAAUUGCUGCUGGUGCCGAGGUUGGGCGUUUUGAUUCUUCCGGCUGGACCGCCAAGGAGCACGCCGCACUUCGAGGUCAUCUCGACAUUGCCCGUUGCCUCGCCGAAGUCACCCCUAGCCCUCCGCUGAUAGAGCAUGAGAUACCCGUCGCUGUGCCCAGUCACCAUCCCUCUCCAAUCUCUUCGCCUCCUCCCCAGUCCUCUCUAGCUGAUCGACGGUCUGCCGCCCCCAUUCCUACAUCUGGUUCUAAUUUUCGCAAUACUGAACCUAUCAAGACAUUUGGACACCGGUAUCUCACUGAUGAGACUAUGAUUCUGGUCAGCCUGGGAACCAUGGAUAUGCGCCGGCCGCUGGAGACGGUCAACCUGGACCGCAUUCCCAUGGAACAUGCUCAUGCGACACAACUGGAUACUGCGCUUUCACUGGUAGUCACUGCUAGUGGUGCCCACAGCGAGCCAGAGGUCAUUGAUCUUCCUGUGCAUGACCACAUCUCGACCGAACCCAUUAUCUUCCACACCACCGAUCUCAGCAAUGUCCGCCUGCUAUUUGACCUUGUCCCGACCUAUGCCGGCUCCAAGGACCAGAUCGUAGGCCGUGGUGUCGCACUCCUUUCCAGCAUCCGGCAGAGUGUCGGUUCAAACCGCAUCAACCUAAAGGGUGAUUCCACCAUUCCUAUCGUUGCUGCCAAAACAUUGGAUGUGAUUGGAUCUGUGACGUUCAACUUCCUGGUUAUCACACCCUUUAAGCAUCCCAACAUGUCAAUCACCGGUAAUCAGACAUACUGGCGCUCAAUGAGCUCGACCAUGGUCAUCGGGCAUCGUGGCCUGGGAAAGAACUUGGCUACUCGCAAUUCCCUUCAAUUGGGUGAAAACACAAUUCAGUCAUUCAUAGCAGCGGCCAAUUUAGGCGCCUCCUAUGUCGAGUUUGAUGUGCAGCUUACCAAGGACCAUAUCCCCGUCAUUUACCACGAUUUCCUCGUCAGUGAGACGGGUAUCGAUGCCCCUGUUCACACAUUGACCCUGGACCAGUUCCUGGAGCUCGGCAAAGGUCGACACAAGAAAGCCAUACCUGACACUGUGGUGCACCGGGACUUUAAUUCUGAACCUCGCCAGCGGUCCAUGUCCGUCGGAGGAUCUGGAUACGACCCCACCGAAGUGACGGAAAAGAUCAAGCACACUCGUGAUUUCAAAACGAAGGGAUUCAAAGGUAACACUCGUGGCGAGCACAUACAAGCGCCCUUUGCCACGCUCGAGGAACUAUUCAAGAAGAUCCCCAAACCUGUUGGGUUUAACAUUGAACUGAAGUACCCCAUGCUCCAUGAGAGCGAGGAAGAGGAGAUGGAUACCUACGCCGUCGAACUGAAUUCCUUCGUCGACACCAUCCUCAAAUUAGUCUACGAUCUCGGCACCGGCCGUGACAUGUUGUUCUCCAGCUUCAAUCCUGACAUAUGUCUUCUGUUGGCCUUCAAGCAGCCUUCUAUUCCCGUUCUCUUCCUCACUGAUUCCGGCGCCUCACCCGUCGGAGACAUUCGUGCCAGCAGUCUCCAGGAAGCAGUCCGAUUCGCAUCACGAUGGAAUCUCCUCGGCAUAGUCUCGCAGGCCGAGCCUCUAGUCCUCUGCCCACGUCUUGUACGCAUUGUCAAGGAAUCCGGUCUCGUCUGCGUAUCCUACGGCUCUCUCAACAAUGACGGAGUGAACGUCGAGUAUCAAGUCGCCGAAGGCAUCGACGCAGUGAUCGUAGACUCUGUACUCGGCAUUACUAACGGCCUCAUCCAGCGUCAGAAUAGGAGUGAACGCACUCCAGGUCCUUCGCCACAUCCUUUCCCUAUCGACAAACUUCCCGUGCUUGACAAUAAAGACUCCGGUUCUUCUGUCGAUGCUACUACCAUUUUGUAA